GGGAACAAACUUCAGAGCUAGAAGAGAGGCGGGCCCAGGGCACCCUCCGCGGACCUGGGCAGUGAGGGCCUGCGACCGGCCAGGGCAGCGGCGUGGCGGCGGGCGCGACGGGCACCUGCGUGAGGAAGCCUGAGCACCCGGCGGCUGCAAGCGACUCCGCGCGAUGCCUCACAACUCCAUCAGAUCCGGCCAUGGAGGGCUGAACCAGCUAGGAGGGGCCUUUGUGAAUGGCAGGCCUCUGCCUGAAGUGGUGCGCCAGCGCAUUGUGGACCUGGCCCACCAGGGUGUGAGGCCCUGCGACAUCUCCCGCCAGCUCCGUGUCAGCCAUGGCUGUGUCAGCAAGAUCCUUGGCAGUAGGUACUACGAGACUGGUAGCAUCCGACCUGGAGUGAUAGGGGGCUCCAAGCCCAAGGUAGCCACCCCCAAGGUGGUGGAGAAGAUUGGAGACUACAAGCGGCAGAACCCUACCAUGUUUGCCUGGGAGAUCCGAGACCGGCUCCUGGCCGAGGGCGUCUGUGACAACGACACUGUGCCCAGUGUCAGCUCCAUCAACAGAAUCAUUAGGACCAAAGUGCAGCAACCAUUCAACCUCCCCAUGGACAGCUGUGUGGCCACCAAAUCCCUGAGCCCAGGACACACACUUAUCCCCAGCUCAGCCGUGACACCCCCAGAGUCACCCCAGUCGGAUUCUCUGGGCUCCACCUACUCCAUCAAUGGGCUCCUGGGGAUCGCUCAGCCUGCUGGCGAUGGCAAGAGGAAGAUGGAUGACAGUGACCAGGAGAGCUGCCGGCUGAGCAUCGACUCCCAGGGCAGCGGUGGGCCCCGCAAGCACCUUCGCACAGACGCCUUCAGCCAGCACCACCUGGAGCCACUCGAGUGCCCCUUUGGGCAGCACUACCAGGAGGCCCACGCCUCCCCCGGCCACACCAAAGGCGAGCAGGGCCUCUACCCGCUGCCCUUGCUCAACAGUGCCCUGGACGACGGGAAGACCACCCUGACCCCUUCCAGUACACCCUUGGGGCGCAACCUCUCAACUCAUCAGCCCUACCCCGGGGUGGCAGAUCCUCAUUCACCCUUCGCCAUAAAGCAGGAAACCCCCGAGGUGUCCAGUUCUAGCUCCACCCCUUCCUCUUUAUCUAGCUCCGCCUUUUUGGAUCUGCAGCAAGUCGCCUCCGGGGUCCCAGCAGGUGCCUCGGUCCCACCCUUCAAUGCCUUUCCCCAUGCUGCCUCCGUGUACGGGCAGUUCACGGGCCAGGCCCUCCUCUCAGGGCGAGAGAUGGUGGGGCCCACGCUGCCUGGAUACCCACCCCACAUCCCCACCAGUGGACAGGGCAGCUAUGCCUCUUCUGCCAUCGCAGGCAUGGUGGCAGCCCUGCAUGGCUGCCUGACACCUCAUAGGCCUCUCACCUGCAUGCCUCCAACAGGAAGUGAAUACUCUGGCAACGCCUACGGCCACACCCCCUACUCCUCCUACAGCGAGGCCUGGCGCUUCCCCAACUCCAGCUUGCUGAGUUCCCCAUAUUAUUACAGUUCCACAUCAAGGCCGAGCGCGCCGCCCUCCACCGCCACGGCCUUUGACCAUCUGUAGUUGCCAUGGGGACAGUGGGAGCGACUGAGCAACAGGAGGAUUCAGUCUGGGACAGGCCCCAGAGAGUCACACAAAGGAAUCUUUAUUUAUUACAUGAAAAAUAACCACAAGUCCAGCACUGCGGCUCACUCCCUGUGAGGUUGACUUAGUGAACCAUAAAAGACAGGAUGACUUUGGAGAAGGCUAAACUGUCCUCUAAGACUCCUUAAUGAGGGGCAGGAGUCCCAGGGAGAGAGAACUGUCCUAUUCCCCAUUGCGAGAGAGACAGAAUUGGGGGAGAAAUACAGAAGAUGAGGGGACAGCCCAGGAGCUUGAGAGGGAUGGCAUCUGGGGCCCACUUACAGCCUUAGGGGUGCACAAAGGCACCUUUGUGGCUCUGUCAGCAGCCCUGGCAGUGUGGGCUGUGUGUUCGCCAGUCCAGCCUGCAGCCACUGCCACCCUGAGAGUCACCUCCCACCUGCCCCAGAGCUGAGGCUCCCACCUGCUCCUCUCAGCUUGCUUGGCUCUUCCUGCAUCUCCCUCGUGACCAUGGGCUGAGGGGCUAGGUCAAGUCAGCCAGAAGCUGCACCUGGUGAUCAGCGGGCCUCCCCUUUGCUGCAGCUGUGGAUGUACAAGCACACCCAGGCCCCUGCCAUGGAACAUCCCUUUGGCAGAAGCAUCAGCCAGACCAGCCUUUUCAGCUCAAGACAGACAUUCAAGGACCUCUGGCUCCUAGGGGUGAGCAGGAGCCCUCCCAGGGUAGAGCCCUCCCCAGGCAGAGCAAGGCAGGAUUGCUGGGAACCUGCUUCCCUCUCUCAGUGGCCCUGCCAAGCCAGAUGUGCGGCCAGAGCCCAAGUGACUGAACAGACCCUGCGGCAAGCAGGAAGCCCGAAUGGAGGCUGGCUCUCUGGCUCCCGCAGCUUCUGCCCCCCAGGCCUGACUAAGUACUGCACAGGAAGCCCUGUGUGUGCCGAGCUCCCCUCUUCCCACCUCAGACAUUGGCCUCUGUGAGUCAUCUUCCAGCCAGUCGGGCCUCUCUCCUUCAUGCUUCUUUCUUUUUUUAAAGACAACCCACCAUUGCCACGACUCAAUAAACCAUGACUCUCC